AUGGAAAAUUGUACAGACACAAAUAAUAGCUCCACUUGCACAGGAAUUCCCUACAAAGACAGCAAGACACUUCUUGUUGCUGUUUACAGCAUCGUUUUUGCCAUAGGCCUUCCAGCAAAUUGCUUAACUUCCCUGCUUACAUUUGUACAAAUCAAAAGGAAUAAAGUAGUUGCCAUCUACAUUUUCAGUUUAUCACUGUGUGAGCUGAUGUAUUUAAGUACCUUGCCUCUCUGGAUUAUCUACGUGCAAAAUGAGCACCAGUGGAAUAUGGGUGUGAAUGCUUGCAGAGUAACAGGAUUCAUCUUUUUCUGCAACAUAUACAUCAGCAUUCUGCUUUUGUGCUGCAUUUCUGUGGACCGAUAUGUGGCACUGGUGUAUGCUCUGGAGUCAAGGGGGAGAAGAGGACAGAAAAAGGCAAUCAUAAUAGUGUGUUUUCUCUUUGCUGUGGUUGCAAUAAUCCACACUCCAGUAUUUUACAUGGAAGAUUAUACAGAAGAUACAAAUAAGAAGACCUGCUUUGAGACUUUGCCCCUUGAUAUCAAAUUGGCUUCUUUUGGCUUUGCCAGAUUCCUAUUUGGAUUUGCCAUACCUUUCACAAUCCUCAUUUUCACAAACUACAAAAUUUUCCAAAGCACAAAAACAAGCAGCAGCUUGGCUCGUCACCAAAAAGCCAAAGUGAAGUAUCUGGCUGUCGCUAUUAUUGUCAUUUUCCUAAUCUGCUUUGCUCCCUACCAUGUGGUACUCAUAAUAAGAUCCGUAUACUUUGUGUUUCAUCAGAAUUGCUCAUGUCCAUUUGAAAAAGAAAUAUAUUCAAUUUUUACGGUGUUUCUGUGUUUCGCCACUACAAACAGCAUUGCCGAUCCAAUCAUCUAUGUGCUGGUUAGUGAAAACGUCAGAAAAGAUUUUUAUAGGAGUCUCAGAAGAUGGAGACUGAACUCAGCCAGGCUGAAUUCAUCCAUUAAUCACAAGACUGAGAGUAUAAAAUUGAAAAUGUCAAAAGAAUCACAGGAAGGAGGGCUAAGAGAAGAAAACAAAGAAAUACCAGAUUCAUCUGAUAUUCAACAGAUCUGUAAUAGUGGCAAAGACCAAGAAGGUAGUAGCUAG